GGCUUUACCUAUUGUCCAGAAAUAUUAAGAUGUUGAUAUUUUUUCUUUUUGCAAUUAUAACAAAAGGGGCGGGGCAUUUCUUUCUCUCUCUCUCUUUCUCUCUCUCUCUCUCUCUUCUCUCACACACACAUUCGACAAUAAAGAAAGAAACGAUUAAUCACGGAAGUUAACGAAAUCUUGUCAGAUUUUCAACAUCCGUUUUAUUGUGUUUUAAAUGAAAAAGUAAGGCUUGAAAAAAAAUAUUUCUAUACAAGGUGCUGUAAUCAAUAAGUGACGUAACAUGAAGCGAAGAUAGAAUAUUACUUUAUAUUCGGGAAUUAAUAGUGCCAAUCAUGUCAUAUAUGAGCUAUAGUAAGAAAAAAAAAGUAAAAGUGUUAGAAAGUGCUAGUUCGCAUACAUAGAAUUUGGUCGAAAUUUUUCUAUCUACGAACGGUUAUGGCGUGCUAAAAAUAGAAAUGGUGACGCAGCGAUAAGGUGGGGUCGCAUCGAUCAUUGGUCAACGUUGUGUUGAUAUAGAGCUUCUGAUUGGUUGGCGUUAUAUACGAUAAGGGUGGGGAUGCGUAGAAUGACUGCGCAACAAGCGUUUCGCCAGUUGGAUACCGAGUGAGCAACGUUUGCUUGAAAUACGUUUCUUGUACCUGCAUCUUUGCAAAGUCCAUAGUUGAUAAUAUUCACAUUUAGAUUGUUUAUUUUUAUUAAGAAAUGAUUAUUAUCUAUAGAUCAUUAGGAAAAAUCAAUUUACUAGAUAAUUUAUAAUUUUUAAUACUUUUUUCCGUGGUAGAAAGUAAUCCGUAUGGGUCGAUCAGUAAGACCGAUGCCAGGAAGAUUUUUAUAAUACGUCGAUGGAUUAUUUUCAAAUAUUGAGAUAUACAUCAUGAUUCUAUGCUUGCUCUUCGAAAUUCACUAAUCCAUCGAGAAUAACUACAAAAUGCCACGUAUAGAUCCAUUGUCUUUACUCAAAUGUCUCAGUGUUUUACUGGGCCCAACGGGAGGUAUUAAAAGUAAAGAAGAAGUUAACCGAUUAGCUAACUUAAUGACGAAAUUUUCAAAGAAAUUGGUCUCCAAAUGCAUUUACAUACAAAUUUUAAAAACCACUAACACCGAUCUGCUUAGUCAAUUUAUGGCUGCUGGUGGAUGGAAUCUUAUUCAUAUGUGGUUGACUGAUGGUAUUCUUGCUAAAAACUGGGCAUUAAUUCAAGAACUUUUGGAACUCCUGUUAUUAUGUCCAGUAGAUGUAGACAGAUUAAAAAGUAACAAUUGUCCAAAACUUAUUAAAGGGUUAUCAAAAGAAGGAAGUCAUCAAGGUGUUAGAAUAUUAGCCAGUCGUCUUGUUGAACAAUGGCUGAAGAUAGUAAAAGGUGAAGUUGCACCAAAUUCUGUACCAGCCCAUAUCAUGACGAUACCAAUGCAAAGUAAUAGUGCUACGGCACAAGGUUUAAUAAUUCAAUCAACUCAACAACAAUCACAACAGCAACAGUAUUCUAUUAAUAGUGGUAUACAAAAAGGCGCAGACGAUGUGGAGAGUGUUACUGUACAUGUACAAGAUUUGCAGUUUACACAAAGUCCACAGUCCAUUAUUACAGCAACACAAGUUCAACAGCAAGUAGAAGAACAACAUUUACAAGAAAAACAUCCAAUGCAAUUACAAGUUGUUAGUAAACCACAACAAACACAACUUCAACAACAAGCUAGUCAACUUUCGACAAAAAAACAGUCUUUUGUUGUAGUGUCUUCCCAAUCGUCUGUUCCUUUAUAUAAAAUUACAAUAAGGGAUGGAAAACAAGUCCUUACAAAAGUAGAGACUGAUGCCACCAACAUAACUUCAAAUAAUACAACUUUAGAAGUUAAUGGAGAAGUUAAAGACACAGUGUUUUCUUUAAAAGAAGAUGAAGAAAAAACAAAAACUCUUGAAGGUAGUGAAGGAGUGCACAGUGAACAAGACGAUAUGACAGAAGUGCAACCUGAACAAUCCGAUCAAAUCUCUAGUGAAGUGAAGCAAUCUACAAUUAGUUCUAAGGACAGUACUGAGACUGGAAUUAGUAAUGUUAAAAUAAUAGACAAUAAAGAUGGUAAAGAUAUUGUUUCAAGUGAUAGCAAUAAAUCUAGUGAUAAAGAAAAUCGAGAUUCUCACAAAAAAGACGAUAAAAAAUCAAGUAGUGGUUCAGACAAAAAAAGUGGUAAUCAUCAUCAUAGUUCAUCAUCUUCAUCCAAAAGUUCUUCUAAACAUGGCGCAAGCUCUAGUUCGCAUCGUAGUAGUUCUACGUCUCAUCGUUCUAGUAGUCACCGUUCUUCAUCUAGCAGUACAUCAAAGAGUUCCACUUCUAAAGAUAAGUCUUCCAGGGAUAGAGACAAGCAUCACUCCAAUUCAUCUAGUAAGCAUAAUUCCAAUAAUAAGAACAAAUCUGAUAAAGAGAAAGAACGAGAAAAGGAAAAACAGAAGAAGGAUCAAGCAGAGAAAGAUAAAGCAACUUUAGAAAAAGUACAAGGUCAAAUCUUAAGUUCCAAGUUAGGAAAAAUACCUAAAAAGAAAUCUGAAGAUAGUAAAACAGGUGAUGGAAACAAGAAAGUAAUGUCAGAUUCUCGAGAUAGUUCUAAAGAAAAUAAAGAUAAAAUUGAAGGAAAAAAAUCUGUUAUUGUGUCAGAGAAAAAGAAUAUUUCCAUUUCCAUCGAAAGCAGAAAAAAUACGCAAGAUUCAACAGCAAGGCCGAAGACUGUCAAAACAUUUAACUCUAAGUUUAGGUCUACGGGUCUAGAAGAAGAAGUAAAACCCCCACCCCCCAGAUCAGCAAAAAAAUCAAGCCCCGUCGUUGACAAGAAGAUGAUGCCUCUUCCAAAGCUGCCAGUUUUGAAGAGACCUUCUCCAUUGAGAGAGGUACUUGCGCCAUCAGAUAAGAGAGCGAAGCUGUCCUUGGAUUCUCCAACUACACCCCCAAGUGAUGAGAAGAAAGGAGGCAUUAAAUUGAUACCACCAAAACCUAAACCGAUGAUGCUACAAGAAAGUGAUAUGUUUAUGGAUGCGUUAACAGCAUCAACCAAAAGUAAAGAACCAAGGAAACGAAAGCGUAGAACUUCGAUAACUAAGGAUGGUUCGUCGGAUGUAAAGAAGCAAGAAAUAAUUAACGCUGAUAGUCGUGAAAUCACACCACCACCUACAUCGCCAUCGAGUACCGAUGAAAAAUCUCCUGUUGUUGUCAAACCUAAUUUCAAAUUUUAUCAAGAUACGUUAGAAACAGAAGAAGAUAAAGAACAGAAAGAUAAAGAAAGCAAUGGAGAUGAAAUAAAAAGAGACAAGGAAGAUAUUAUUGAUAAUCAAAAGGAUAGCAGAGAUAAUAACGAUGAUGACGGGAGUAGCACACCGACACCAGAAGAUGAUACCGAAGAAACGAAAACAUCUGAUUCUCCAGAAGAAGCAUCAUCCGAUGGUUUGGAUUCAUUGAAGAAAGAAAAUAGUCCUUAUCCUGAAAUUCGUUACGUCGAUGGACUUCGAAGUGUUCUUUUGUUACAAAAACGUAAAGGUCCUAAAAAAACUUUAAAAUGGAAGACAGAUUUAGAAUCGAUACGUUAUUUCGAAUUGGACGAGACGGAAAGGGUCAAUGUAACAAAAACUUUCACCGAUAUGAAACAGAUGGAAAAACAAAACGAAAGGGAAGCAUUCCAAAUGGCGAGAAAAUUAAGUAAUGAAGAUUUGAUGGAAGAGAGAACAAGAUGGAAACCAUUAAUUCCAAUUGACUUACCUCCAGCAUUGGUGGAACCUGGCAAAGAUAGUAGAGAAAAGGAUAUUCAAUAUGCAAGAGAAAAAGGAAUUCUUCAAGCACUUUAUUUUAAUCGAAGCAUGAUACCUGACUCACCAGCAGAACCAGACGAAGAACGUCAUCAUAUAAUUACUGAUCCGAAAAUUAUUCCUUUGGACGAUCUUACAGGCAAUAAGGAGAGCGAAAAAGACUUUACAAAUAUAACGUGGCCAGAGCCGAAACCUCAGUUACCUGUUCAGCCUUCCACAAUAACAAACUUCCAUUAUCCACCUUAUUCACAUAAUCAACAGCCAAUGAUGGCACCUGUUGGUCCACAAGGACCAAUAAAUCCAAUACCUCAAAUGCCUCAACAGAUGAUACCUCCAACACAUAUGGGGCAAAUGACACCUGAAAUGGCAGGUCCUAUACCUGCUGGUGGUGGUGGUUGGAGAACAGGAGAUGGAAAAGUUGUUGUACCUGAUGUAGGAAUUAAUCCUAUGGCGAAUAUACCUGGAACAUUUCCUCAAGGAAUGGAAGGUGGUCCAAUGGUACCACCUGGUAUGAUGGGCCCACCACCUAUGUAUAAUCAACAAGAUGGUUAUGGUAUGAUGGGACCAGAAGAUAUGGGAUUCAAUAAUAUGAAUCCAAAUAACUUCCAAGGUCCUCCAGGACCUAUGUAUGGUCCUGGUCCUAAUUUUCAAGGUCCACGAGGUCCAGGAGGUCCGAUGCAUGUUAGAGGCAGAGGUGGUCCUGGUCCUGGUUGGUAUAGAGGAUGUGGUCCUGGUAGAGGAGGUUGGAGAGGUGGCGGUGGUGGAUGGAGAGGAAGCGGCAAACAACCACGUGUUUGUAUGCAAUUUACCAAAAAUGGUUAUUGUCGAGUAGGCGAGAAAUGUCAGUACCUUCAUCCUGGUGUUAAUUGUCCACCAUUUUAAAAUAUCAAUUAAUAUAUUAAUAAUCUUCCUGCAAGUCUGUCAAAUGAAGAUACUGCCAUUAUCUGUUGUCCUAAACAAAAAUUUAAAAAACAAAGCGGGUGUCUCAUGAGAGAGAUCGAAUCAUCAAAAUCAUUUGGGAAACCAAUUGCUUUAUUAACUGUUGCAAUCUUUAGAUAAAACUGCAAAUAGCAGUAAAGUAAGAUGAAUCUGUAAAAUCAAUAAUUUGAGAGUAAUCAAAUUUGAAAUUUUUUAAAUAUCUUUUUUUUACUAUAUUUGAUGAUAUUUUCUGUGUAAUUUCAUACAGAAUCCACUGAGCAGCUAAGAGCAUUUAUGUUCUCCCGAAUAUUCAAGUUCUCGAUAUGAUACAAGUACUUCUACUGAUGGCUUUUCAUUUUUCACGAGAAUUUCUGCAGCUCAAGAGAACAUGUUUAGUCAUUAAGAGGUAUCUCUUAUAAACUAUUUUUCAACUUACACACACAUACAGACACAUACACACACGCUCGUGCAUUUGUUUAUUUUGUUGCUAAUCAGAGAUAUUGGUCUUAAAGAAUGAAUAAAAACUUACCAGGUUCCUUAGCUGCUGGACAGCCAAAGGUUCCUGCGUAUUGUUUUAAUUGUUACAUACACAUACACAUAAUUAUGUGCCCUAUACUGAAGCAAUCGCGCAGGACAUUUUAUAAAUGGCUAUUCUUAUGAUUUUUAAAAGGUCAUCCAAAACGUAAAAGUAUAUACAAGUUCUUCGUGUCUUCUACUUCACAAUUAUGAGUAACUUCGAAGAGGAACUGUAAACAAGUGAUGAAUGGUAAAUCAGGAGAAUGAAAACCAAUAUAUCCCUUUACCAUGUUUAUCUUUCAGGUCUUCUUAAAAAAAGAACUACGAAUUGUAAUGCUGCCAGGUUGCAGUUGUAAAAAGAUAGAAUGUAUUAUGUCUCCAGAAAAACUUUAUCAAUAUUCUACAUUUGCAUGCAUUAUUAUCAUUAACAAUUCUAUGACUCGUAGAUUUCUAUAAAAAAAAAAGAAAAAAAAAAAAAAAAAAAAAGAAAAAAUAUAGCUUCUUGCUAUAGAGGUGCGAUUUCAACUCUAAAUUAUAUGACAGAACACCAAAAGUUCAAAUAGCAAAAUAAUACUUUUAUUAAAAUAA